AUGCAGUUGCUGCGGAGCAUUGUGUUCUCCCUGCUGGCAGCCACCAGUGUGGCUGUUCCCAGCGGUGGUGGUAGUAGACACCCGGCCAUCCAGCCUCGUGCAGCAAAGUAUGCCCUGAAGGAACCACCCCUCACGACUCCAUGGACGGACAAAGUGGGAACAGAUCCCUGGCCUGAGUAUCCGCGGCCACAGAUGCAGCGGUCACAAUGGCAGAACCUCAACGGAAUUUGGCAGUAUCGAAAUGCUUCCAGUCUUGCCGAGGCCCAAAAUCCUCCAUUUGGACAGGAAUUAGGACAAGAAGUAUUGAUUCCAUCUUGUUUGGAGAGCGGGAUAUCUGGCAUCCAGGGGAACUACCAUUUGUACUCGUGGUUCUCAAACUCGUUCGAAGUUCCGUCAGAUUGGAACGGUCAGCAGAUUCUACUCAAUUUUGGAGCAGUCGACUAUGAGGCCACUGUCUUCGUCAAUGGACAGCAAGCUGGCUUCAACCGGGGCGGUUAUUUCCGCUUCACCAUGGACGUGACUCAAUUUGUGAAGCCGGGCCAGCAGAAUGAACUACUCGUCUUUGUGCACGAUCCUACCGACUCGGAAGACUAUGUCAUUCCUAUUGGCAAGCAAACACAUCACCCCAGUCACAUCUUUUAUACGCCCUGCAGUGGAAUCUGGCAGACUGUCUGGCUGGAAGCUGCACCGGCAAACUAUAUCACACAGCUUGAUGUCGAUGCUAACAUGAAUGGCCAAGUCAACGUCACGGUGCACACUUCGGCCACCAAUACGACCACCAAUGUCCAGGUCAUUGUGCACGACAAUGGCGAUGUAGUUGCAACUCACCGUGGACCAUCCAACCAGCCAUUCCAGUUCAACGUUGAUUCGCCGAAGUUAUGGUCGCCAACCUCUCCCAAGUUGUAUAAUAUCACGGUCAAAGUGGGUGAGGACCAAGUCCGGAGUUACACUGGAUUCCGGACCAUCUCAAAGGGCACCGUCAAUGGUGUCGUUCGACCCCUUUUGAACGGAGAAUUCAUUUUCAUGUUUGGAACUCUGGACCAAGGUUUCUGGCCUGAUGGCAUUUAUGUGCCUCCAACCAAGGAGGCGAUGGUUUAUGAUCUGAAGAUGUUGAAGAAUCUUGGCUUUAACACUGUCCGGAAGCACAUUAAAGUUGAGCCCCAACUAUUCUAUCAAGCUUGUGAUGAGCUAGGUCUUCUGGUCAUCCAGGACAUGCCGUCGCUGCGACCGCUGCAGAGCAGGACUCUCCCCGAUUUUACGAGGCAGACUAUUCUGCCUGAUGCGGCUCAGCAGGUCGAGUUUGGACGCCAACUGGAAGUGUUAGUUAACCAGCACAAGAGCUUCCCUAGUAUCGCGACCUGGGUCGUUUACAAUGAGGGAUGGGGCCAAAUUACCAGCUACUUUCCCGAGUUUGAGCUGACAGACCGGGUCAAGCAGUUGGAUCCUACUCGACUGGUGGAUUCCACGACUGGCUGGUAUGACCAUGGUGCUGGCGACUUUAGCGACAAUCACCAUUAUGCCAACCCCCAAUGUGGUAGUCCGUUCUAUUCCAUUGACUCGAGCCCGUACGAUGACACGAGAAUCGGUCUCCAGGGCGAAUUCGGUGGUCUCGGAAACAACGUAUCUAUUGAACAUCUCUGGAACGUCCAAGCUGCUAUUAACACCAUCGACCAAACCUAUGAGCUCGACCAGACUAUCGAAAUCUGGAACUACCGCAGCCACAUUAUGCUUGCUGAGUUAGAGGACCAGGUGAAGCGGUUCUCGUGUAGUGGAGGUAUCUGGACUCAGACGACCGAUGUCGAGGGAGAAGUUAACGGUUUGAUGACGUACGACCGCCGUUUGGCUCGUGUGGACGAGGCACAGUGGAAAGCCGAUAUCCAGGCUCUGUAUGAUGCUGCUGCCGCACGUGGCAACGCCACUACUUCGACGCAGUAA